AUGUCGAAAAAGGGGCAUUUGCAGGGAAUUCGAGCGAUUGCUAUCAUUUCAGUUUUGGCUUUCCAUUUUUUUCCCAAAUAUUUUCCCAAUGGAUUUUUGGGUGUUGAUCAGUGAGUUUUUGGGGCGUGCGAAAAAUUUUACAGGGUUACUGUAGGCGAAAAAAUGAUCUACAGUAAUCCGAAGGUUUCCAACUUCUUGAAGAUCAUUUUGGUGCUAAAAAACACCAGGUUACUGUAGGUUUUGGCGCGGAAAAUCCACAGUAACCCCUUGAAUUUUGUCUAUUUACAAAUUAUCUUGAAUAUUUCUCUUGAAAAUUCAAAAUUUUCGAUGAUUUUCCGAUUCCGGCGGAGAUUUUAUCCCUAUUUUUCAUUGUUGAGACGAAAAAUCACCGAAUUUUGAUGGCGAACUUGAGAUAAACGUGUAUAUUUUAUAGGUACUGUAGAUUUUUGGGCGCCAAAAACUACAGUAACCUAUUGUUUUUGACCUUCUGAAAUUCAAGGGAUUACUGUAUAUAGAUCAAUUUUUGGUGCCAAAAUAGCUACAGUACCCCAAAAUCAAUGAAUUUUUCACAGAUUCUUCGUAUUAUCUGGUUAUUUAAUGUGUCUUCUUCUAUCCAAAACUUCUUCAAAUAAAAAUCAAUCAAUAAUAUCAAAAAUCUUGGAAUUUUAUCAACGUCGACUUUGUCGAAUUUUACCAAAUUAUUAUUUUCUAAUUUUAAUCAAUAUUUUUUUAUUGAUUUUUUCUCCAAUUUUUCCCGAAACUUUCAUUGAAACAAAUCGAAAAUCAGCAAAACAAUCAAUAUUUUUCGUCUCAAAUGAUUUCUCAAAUUUAGAAGAUGAUUAUUAUAUUUUGCUGAAAAUUGCUGAAAAUCUAUUUACUCAUACUUGGUCACUUUCUGUUGAAAUUCAAUUUUAUUUCAUUAUUCCUAUCGUAUUCUAUGCUAUUCUAUCGAUUUUCCCCGGGAAAAAUCGAUAUUCUAUGAUCUACCUGGGCUUCUCUGCGAUCUCUCUGAUUUUUUAUUUGAUCUCCCCGAAAAGCACGGCAUUUUAUAGUGUUUUUGCGAGGAUUUGGCAAUUUUUAGCCGGAUUUUUGGUGUAUUUUUGGCAAGAAAAUGAGGAGGAGAAAUUAUUGGAUUUCGAAGAGAAAAAGGAGAAGCUAAGCUAUGGAAAUGUGCAAAAUUUGCUGUUAUUGGCUACUUUUUUGAUAUUAUUUUUGGGGAUCGAAUUGCCUGGGAAGAUUGUGAGGUGAGAGACAAAUUUUGAGGUUUUCAUGAUUUUCAGCACAAAAUUCUGAUCUAAAAGUGUAUUUUUGAGCUGAAAUUAAUUUUUUUCGUUGAAAAAAAUCUACUGUUUCAAAAAUUUCACAUAAAAAAUUGCGUUUUGAAAUUUUCAAUAACUUCAACAAUUUCACGAUUUUAAGCACAAAAUUCUGAUCUAGAAACGGAUUUUUGACCUGAAAUUAAUUUUUUUUUGUUGAAAAAAAAUUUACUGUUUCAAAAAUUUUAUCUACAAAAAAUAUAAAAUGAGUUUUCAUUAGGAAAUUUUCGCGCCAAAAGCUACAGUACCCUUUUUUGAACCGGUUCCCCCAAAUUUCACUUAUAUUUCAAAAAUUAUUUUUAUCUCAUUUUUCGCAUCGAAAUUUUGUUCUUCCGGAUUUUUGUGAUAAAAUCUAUAUUUAUUUGAAACAUCAGCAGUUUGUUCACGGAAAAAAAAAUUUAAAAAUUUUUAUGGGAUCUGAAAAAAUCUCACUGUUUCAUACAUUUUACAUUAAAAAAAAGAAGUUUAAUUUUACCCAGCUGAAAUUUUGUGCUGAAAAUCAUGAAAAUGCAGAAAAUUCAAGAUUUCCAUGAUUUUCAGCACAAAAUUCUGAUCUAGAAGCAUAUAUUUUCGAGCUGAAAUUAAUUUUUUUGUUGAAAAAAAUCUACUGUUUCAAAAUUCUCAUAUGAAAUUUCCAGUUUUCAAAUUCACAAUAGCAACUCAAUUCACAAUUUACAAUACCGUUCAAUUUCCAGAAUAAUAGUAACAAUAAUAACAGCAUUGCUCAUAUUAAUCUCAGAAAAUAAUCAAAUAUUAUCAAAUAAAAUAAUGAUUUAUAUUGGAAAUAUAUCAUAUUCAUUAUAUUUAAUACAUUGGCCAAUUUAUUGUUAUUCAAAAUUCUACGAGUUACCAAAACUCCCAUUUUUAUGCUUUUCUAUUUUUUUGGGAAUUCUUAUUUAUGAAACUUAUGAAAAAUGGUAUACAACUAGACUUACACGAAAUUCCCAAUGCAUUUUAUCAACUAUUUUAUUGAUUUUUUGUAUUUUAAUAAUUUGGAGGCAAGAAAUUCACGAAAUUUAUGAUGGUUUCACUGGAAAAUCUGAGAAAUUUGCUGAAAAUCCAAUAUUUUCCGCGGGAAAUUCAAAAAAUUUGAGUCCAGAAGAGGUUAUGACGUGGAAUACCAGGUAUACUGAUCAUGAGAAGGAUUUUCUGAAAAAUGAGCAAUGCGAGUAUAAAAAUCGGGAUUUGGCGCCGUUUGGAUUGUGUGAGGUUAAGGUGAGUUGUUAUGACGUGGCAGCCUGGGUUACUGUAGGGAAUUUUCCGAUUUGAAAGAACUAGCUUUUUUGGAUUCUUGAAAAUUUUUGGAAUAUUUUUGAAACAGUGAAUUUUUUCUUGAAAAUUAAUUUUUUUUUAUGAAGUUCAAAUUUUCCCGCUCAAAAUCUACAGUAAUCCGGGUCUAAUUUUGGCGGCAAUGUAGUUCAGGAUUACUGUAGCGUCAAAUUUUUGAUCUAAAAAAUUUUUCGGAAACAUCUGAACUUUGUGGAUCAAAAUUUUAACCUCUCAAAAAAUCUACAGUAAUCUUGUGUUGUGACGUGGCAAAACUACAGUAACCUAGGUCAGCAUCACUGUAGCUAUAGAUUUUUGGAGACUUCAAAUGUUCAGUGACUAAAAAGGAAUUUUUUUGUAGAUCAAAAAAUUUUUUUGGGAAAUUUUGAAACAGUGAAUUUUUUUUCAAAAAUUUUUAUGAAGUUCAAAUUUUCCCGCUCAAAAUCUACAGUAACCCAGUCGUGUUUAGUAUCAAAAAAAUCAGAAUUUUUUCCAGAAUCUCACCUCCUCUGCGCCUUUAAAAAUCCUGAUUCUUGGAAAUAGUUAUGCCACCAAUUUGGCCCCGCUAAUCAUCAAAUCUUGCUCCAAAAAAUCGCGCCGAAUCUGGUUGGCCUCAAAUCCGGGAUGCGAUUUUUUGCACCAGGGUUUUGGCGGGGCGAAAAAAUGCCAAGAAAUUUUGCCGGCAGAAUUUGGGACCACUGAAAAGGAGCAAUUUGACUAUGUGUUUUUGAUCUCAAAAUGUGGCGAAUUUUGUGAGCGUGCGGAAGCGGAAGCGGAAGACGCGGAACUCGAAUUUGCAAAAUCGCAAAUCGCCAGUAUCCGGAAUUCCGUGCGUCACAAAAUCUUCAUUCAAAAUGCUGUGACGAUUCCGAGUGGUGUGAGAGGUGUCAAUGAUUAUUUGAAGAUUGGCAUGAAGUUUGAGGAGAUUGAUGUGAGUUUUUUUGCGGGGUUACUGUAGUUACUGUAGGCGAGGAGUACUGUAGAUUUUUUUCUGGUUUUUUUGACACCCAAUAUGACUAGGUUACUGUAGUCGAAAAAUUUUGAGUGAAAAAUAUUUUUUUUCUGGGAAAAAUUUCAUGAAAAUUCUACAGUAACCCUGGGAUUUCUACAGUACUCUAACCUAAUUUUUGGCAUUAAAAAUUUAUUGGGUUACUGUAGAUUUUAGGACCCUAAAGUGAAAUUUAUAACUAUUUUUUUUGAAAUUUACAAUUUUUAUUUCAAAAAAUUUUGAAACAGUGAAAAAAAUUUUUUUUUUGGGAAAAAUUUCAUGAAAAUUCUACAGUAACCCUGGGAUUUCUACAGUACUCUUACCUAAUUUUUUGGUGCCAAAAAUUUAUUGGGUUACUGUAGAUUUUAGGCCCCUUACGUGGAAUUUAUAACUAUUUUUUGGAAUUUUCAAUUUUUAUUUCAAAAAAUUUUGAAACAGUGAAAAAAUAUUUUUUUUGGCAAAAUUCGAAAUAUUCUUCAGAAGCUGAAGAAUCUACAGUAACCCUGAAAUUUCUACAGUAACCUGUCUUGGAUUACUGUAGAUUUUAUGCCCUUCAUAACAUUUCAUAACUAUUUUUUUGGAAUUUUCAAUUUUUAUUUCAAAAAAUUUUGAAACAGUGAAAAAAUAUUUUUUUUUUUCUGGGAAAAAUUUCAUGAAAAUUCUACAGUAACCCUGGAUUUUUUACAGUACUCUUACCUAAUUUUGGCACUAAAAAUUUAUUGGGUUACUGUAGAUUUUAGUCCCCUUACGUGGAAUUUAUAACAAAUUUUUGGAAUUUACAAUUUUUAUUUCAAAAAAUUUUAAAACAGUGAAAAAAUAUGUUUUUUUUUGAGAAAAAUUUUAUGAAAAUUCCACAGUAACCCUGGGAUUUCUACAGUACUCUUACCUAAUUUUGGCACUGAAAAUUUGUUGGAUUACUGUAGAUUUUAGGCCCCAAUAGCGGAGUUCGUAAUAAUUUUUCGGAAUUAGAAAUUUUUAUUUCAAAAAAUUUUGAAACAGUGAAAAUUUUUUUUGAAAAAUUUGAAUUACUCUUCUGAAGAAUCUACAGUAACCCUGAAAUUUCUACAGUAAUCAGAAUUUUGAUCCUGGGUUACUGUAGGUUUUAGGCUCUUAAGUAUACUCAACAUUUUUUUGAAAUUUUCAAUUUUUAUUUCAAAAAAUUUUGAAACAGUGAAAAAAUAUUUGUUUUUUUGAGAAAAAUUUCAUGCAAAUUUUACAGUAACCCUGGGUUUUCUACAGUACUCUUUUUUAAUUUUUCGGCACUAAAAAUUUAUUGGGUUACUGUAGAUUUUAGACCCCUUACGUGGAAUUUAUAACAAUUUUUUGGAAUUUUCAAUUUUUAUUUCAAAAAAAUUUGAAACAGUGAAAAAAUUAUGUUUUUUUUUAAAUUUUCCUACAGUAAUCUACAGUACCUGGUCCCAAUUUUGGCCCAAAUUUUGCAAAUUUUGAUCUACAAAAUUCUUCUACAGUAACCCAGCUACAGUACCCCAAAAAAUGGCCAUUUUUUCUCCAGAAAAUCUACUCUCAACGCCUAAAACAUCACAAAUUCAUCGGAGAUGCUCGCCACCGAAAACUCGGCGAAUUUUGUGGCGAAAAAUGUGAAUAUUUCGACGCAUUCCAAAAUUUCCCACGAAAUCCCUAUGCUCCUGAAGAAAUAUUUCGAUUUUUCGACGAACGUGGACUACUGUAUGUGAAUGGAGCCGGACAUUUUACACCGAAUUCAUGGAGCAAAAUUGGGCCCGUUUUUGAGCGGAUUUGUGAGAGGAUUUAGGGGAUUUUGACCUGAAAAUCCUGAAAAUUCAAGAUUUCCAUGAUUUUCAGCACAAAAUUCUGGUCUAGAAACUUUUUUUUCAAUUUCGAAUAUUUUUUUUUGUUGAAUGAAAAAAAAUUUUCAAAAUUUUUUUCACAAAAUUUUGAAACAGUGAAUUUUUUCUUGAGAAACCGCGAUUUUCAGACAAUUUUUCCAGGCUGAAAUUGUGAUUUUCUACAGUAUCCCAGAAGGUUUUUGCCACGUGGAAUUGGAAUUUAAGUUUUUAACGCCAAAGUUGGAUGUAUCGAAAUUUUUUUUUUCAAAAUUUUUUUAAACAAAAUUUUGAAACAGUGAAAAAAUAUUUUUUUCGAAAAAAAUUUUAUGAAAAUUCUACAGUAACCCAGGAAUUUUUUCUUGAGAAACCGCGAUUUUCAGACAAAUUUUCCAGGCUGAAAUUGGGAUUUUCUACAGUAUCCCAGAAGGUUUUUGCCACGUGGAAUUUGAAUUUCAGUUUUCGACAAAAAAAAACUAAUUGCAUCGAAAUUUUUUUUUUUCAAAAAUUUUUUUCACAAAAUUUUAAAACAGUGAAUUUUUUUUUUGAGAACUCGCGAUUUUCAGAUAAAAUUUUCCAGACUGAAAUUCUGAUUUUCUACAGUAUCCCAGAAGGUUUUGCCACGUGGAUUUUGAAUUUCAGUUUCCUGUUGAAAAAAUUAAAUGAAUCAAAAAAAUUUUUCUCAAAAUUUUUUUCACAAAAUUUUGAAACAGUGAAUUUUUUUCUUGUGAAAAAGGAUUUUCAGUCAAAAUUUCCAGACUGAAAAUGUGAUUUUCUACAGUAUCCCAGAAGGUUUUGCCACGUGGAACUUGAAUUUCAGUUUUCUUAACAAAGAAUUAAAAAAUCGAAAUUUUUUUUUUCAAAAUAUAUUUCAAAAAAUUUUUGAAACAGUGAAUUUUUUUUGAGAAACCGCGAUUUUCAGAAAAAAAUUUCAGACUGAAAAUAGGUUUUUUGCCACGUGGAAUUUGAAUUUCGGUUUUUAUUAACAAAGUUGGACGAAUCAAAAAAAAAUUUUUUCAAAAUUUUUUUCACAAAAUUUUGAAACAGUGAAAUUUUUUUUCAAAAUUUGUGAGUUUCAGACAAAAAUUUUCCAGACUGAAAUUGUGAUUUUCUACAGUAUCCAAAGAGGUUUUUGCCGUGUGGAAUUUGAAUUUGAAUUUCAGUUUUCUAAAAAAGCUGAACGCAUCGAAAUUAUUUUUUUCAAAAUUUUUUUCACAAAAUUUUGAAACAGUCAAUUUUUUUUUGAGAAACCGCGAUUUUCAGAGAACAUUUUCCAGACUAAAAUUGUGAUUUUCUACAGUAUCCCAGAAGGUUUUUGCCACGUGGAUUUUGGAACUAAAAAAAGAACUGGAAUCAAAAAAUUUUUCUCAAAAUUUUUUUCACAAAAUUUUGAAACAGUGAAAAAUUUCAUGAAUUUUCAUCUACAGUAACCAUGGAAUUUCUACAGUAAUCACAAUUUUGAUCCUGGAUUACUGUAGAUUUUAUGACCUUCAAUAAACUUGAUAUUAUCAAGUUGAUAACAAUUUUUAGAAAUUAUACAUUUUUAUUUCAAAAAAUUUUGAAACAGUGAAAAAAUAUUUUUUUUCGAGAAAAAUUUCAUGAAAAUUCUACAGUAACCCAAGAAUUUUUUCUUGUGAAAAAGGAUUUUCAGUCAAAUUUUCCAGACUGAAAUUUUGAUUUUAACUACAGUAUCCCAAAAGGUUUUGCCACGUGGAAUUGGAAUUUAAGUUUUUAACGCCAAAGUUGGAUGUAUCGAAAUUUUUUUUUUCAAAAUUUUUUUUCAUAAAAUUUUGAAACAGUGAAAAAAUAUUUUUUUUUUCGAGAAAAAUUUUAUGAAAAUUCUACAGUAACCCAGGAAUUUUUUCUUGUGAAACAAGGAUUUUCAGAAAAAAUUUUCCAGACUGAAAAUGUGAUUUUCUACAGUAUCCCAGAAGGUUUUUGUCACGUGGAAUUUGAAUUUGAAUUUCAGUUUUCGAAAAAAAAGCUAGGUGCAUCGAGAAUUUUUUUUUCAAAAUUUUUUUCACAAAAUUUUGAAACAGUGAAUUUUUUCACCUGCAUUUUUUUUCGAAAAUUCUAAAAAUCACCUGUUUCAAGAAAAAAAAACAUAUAUUUUUUUUGUUUCAAAUGAUAACAUUAUUCUACGACUCCAAUGGCCUGAAAGAUGUCACAACUCCAUUUUUCAUCUAUCAUUUCACAAUUUUAUUCCUAAAUCUUCUAAGCAUCUUCACAAUUUUCCCAUUAUUCGUGCAUUUUACAAAAAUCAAUCGGAAAAAGGAUGAAAUUUGUGCAAUUUAUCAAAUCACCAAUCAUCUCUAUAAAAUCACAAUUUUCUCACAAUAUAUGAUAAUUAUUUUGAUUUUUUCCGUAGUUUCGAUAACUUUUUCGACUUAUAUCAGUUUUAUACUUGGAAUUUCUGCAUUAAUCAUAAUUUAUAUAUUUUCUCAAAUAAUUGUUCCAAUUCAAAAUCUUCUAAUAUUCCUUUUGGCUUUCCAGAGAUUCCUAUUAUAUUUUUACCCAAUUUCUGAAAAUUAUAUAGUUCCUUCUGAAAAAUCAUUCAAAACUUUUAUUCGAUGGCUCUAUUCCUCACUUAUUUUCAGCACAUUCAUAUAUUUUUUGCUCAAGGCAAAAUGUUAUUACAAAUAUCUUAUUGAAAACCAAAAAAAUUUCAAAUGUGAAUCUGAUUUUUUCACAAUUCAAACGGUAAGCGCUCCCAUUUUAAAUGCGAAAUUUUCGGCAGCCUCAGAAAAACGCGCGGUGGCCUAGUGGUAAACACGUGCGCCUAUCAUUCGCGUCACGCGGGUUCGACCCACAGUGGGCGCCUUUUGUUUUUUUCAAAGAUUUUCAGGCAAUUUAUGUGGUUCUGGACGCUUUAGUAAUAUUCUCCUCAAUAUUUUACAUUUGCAUUCUUAUAAGUGUUCGAAAAAUCACAAGUGCCUCGAAUUUCAUGAAAACCCGCCCAGAAAAAGCGAUUCUCUAUCAAACACUAGUUGUAAUAUUUGUUAAACUAUUGUGCGUUCCAAUCAUAUUUUUUUCGUCGAUUUCAUGGUUUUCUGCAGAUAUCAAAGCUAUUUUGAAUGCGGUGAGUUGGAAGAAAAUUAAAAAAAUUUUUUUUUUAACAGAUUUACUAUCCUCUAUUCUACAUUGAUGUGUUAACAACACCCAUCGUAUUUCAAGUCACUUAUCUAUUUUGCAACAAAACAAAUCUGGAAAAUUUGCUGAAAAUGAAUUUCAGAAAAUCAAAAACUUGGAGCAUGAUUUGCUGUGGAAUUGUUUCGAAUCGCGUGGAGAAUCUGGAAGUUCUAGGUGA